AUGAAUGUGUUGGUGGUAUCUGAGAACAAGAAGGAACUCACCCCAGAGGAGUUGUGGUUGCGAAUGAAAGAUCUUGGUGGUUCUUCGUUCGUAAGAAGAUACGUACUCUAUCGGUAUCUUCGAAAUAAUGGAUGGUGUGUCCGCUCUGGACUUCCAUAUGGCUGUGAAUAUUUGAUUUAUCAAGGAAGUCCUGAGGCACAUCAUGCAGCUGCUGGUGUAAAGAUGGAAUCUCAGAUGGAUGCAUGCACUUUCAUUGGUUUCAAUCGAACAUUAACCAAUAUGAGAAAGGCCCUUGUAAUUGUGACACCAUUGGUGCCAGAAGGCUUGAACACCAAUGACCAUAGAUGCGCUGAAUCAAUUCAGCUUUCUAUGUCUACGUCAACGUCCAUGUUUGUGGAGCGAAAGAUGAAUGAGAUAAAGAAGAAAGAGGUGGAGGAAUACAUGCGAGGCCUUAAAAGGAAAGCAGAAGAGUAA